AUGAGCUAAGUUUGCCAAUAAAAUUUGAUUCCCUCAAUAUUAAAUUCAUAUGCCUCCAACAGAUAUGAACUAGGAUCCUUUCAGAGAGUUAAUUCGCCUGGACUUCCAAAUUCAUCCUUAAGAACUAGUUGCAAAGGAGAUAAGAAGAAAUUAGAAAUUGGAUUGAUUACAGAUCGAAAACUGAGCGAAAGUCCUUCAUUAAGGAAAGCCAUUUCUACUGAAAACUUUAGAAUGUUAAAAAGAAAUGAUAGCAUUGUUGAAACACCCUAGCCUUGGGCCUAGCCACCUUAAAUGGAACAUCUUACAAAAAAAAAUUUUAAGUUGAUCGACAGGCUUGAAUCAGAUCAAUUAUGCAUAAAAAUAUAUAUGUCUGAAGAAAACUAGAAUUAAAUCUUGUUUACAGGAAUAAGUAAUGAGAUGAAAGCUUCUGAAUAAAAUAAAAAAGACAUUUUAUAAAAUUUAUAACAACUAUUCAAAGUAGGAAUUGAGGGAUAAAAUAAAUAUAUCAAAUUAGAAUCUUUAGAGAAAGAUUUAAAUUUAGACAACCAAAAGUAUUAUGGAAUUAAUGCUAAAAAGCUUUAUAAUUCAAGCAAAAGAAUAGCCACUUAAGGAAAUGACACAAAAUCAAUAUUUGAUAGAUCAUUAUCCAUUUCAACUAUAAAAGAUUCUAAAUCUAUCACUUCUAAUAAAAUAAAGAAAGACAUUGAGAUUAUAGAAUAAGGGAUUUUGAAAUACAAAUUGAAUGCUAAGAACAAGUCAAAUUCAAAGCAGCCUUUUGGAUAAUAUAAUUCUACUGCUACACUCAAAACAAAAAGAAAUGGAUGCAAAAGUCCAUUACUAAGUGCUACUUCACCUUCUAGUAAGACUUAAAGAAAAACUGAUUAAAGAUCAGCAAAUAAAGUCAAAUUUAAUACCAAAUCUAUGCACGCAUGA